AUGGCGCAACAGAACCAUGAUACACCGCCACGUCUAAACGGAGACAGACAGAAUACCUCGCUGGAUACCGAAGAGAAGCAAGAAUCGGGUCAAAGACCAUCUCACGAUGAGAAUCCAUUCGGAGAUGAGCUGGAGGGAGAGACAAAGUAUCGAACUAUGAAGUGGUGGCAGUGUAGCAUGAUUAUGAUUGCGGAAACUAUAUCUCUUGGAAUUUUAUCGCUUCCCUCGGCAGUCGCAGUCUUGGGAAUUGUCUGUGCGGUGAUCCUUAUUGUCGGCCUCGGUAUCACAGCGACCUAUACCGGCUAUGUGAUAGGCCAGUUCAAAUUGCGAUAUCCCCAAGUGCACAGCAUGGCAGAUGCAGGAGAAGUACUGUUUGGUAGAAUUGGACUGCCGCGCUUCGGCAGAGAGUUUCUGGGAACGGGCCAGCUUCUCUUUCUUGUGUUCAUUAUGGGUAGUCAUAUUUUGACUUUCACCACCAUGAUGAACACCUUGACAGACAACGGCGCUUGUUCUAUUAUCUUCGGGAUUGUUGGUCUGAUCAUCUCUGUUAUAUGUACACUGCCCCGGACUCUGCGCAAGGUUUCGUGGUUGGCAUGCGCUUCGUUCGUGAGUAUCAUUGCUGCAUUGCUGGUCACCAUGAUUGCCAUUUCCAUCCAGCGUCCGGGACACGGAAAGAUAGACGCGACUACAACAGUCAGUUUGGACAAUGCAUUCUUGUCCGUAACAAAUAUUGUCUUUGCUUAUGCUGGCCAUGUUGCCUUCUUCGGCUUCAUAUCUGAGAUGCGCGUACCCACAGACUAUACCAAGACCCUAUAUCUGCUUCAAGCGACUGAUACAAGCAUGUAUGUGGUUGCUGCCGUGGUCAUUUAUGUAUACGGUGGAAGAGAUGUGAAGUCUCCAGCAUUGAGCUCGACGAGUCCUGUGACGGCAAAAGUUGCAUACGGAGUUGCGAUUCCUACAAUUGUCAUCGCUGGUGUGAUCAACGGACACGUCGCAGCAAAAUACAUAUAUGUACGGAUCUUCCGAGGCACCAAUCAGAUGCAGAAAAAGACCUUGCUAUCGAUUGGAUCCUGGGUGGGGAUUACUGUCAUACUUUGGGCGAUUGCUUGGAUCAUUUCUGAAGCGAUCCCAGUGUUCAACACACUACUAAGCUUAAUCACUUCUCUUUUCGCCAGCUGGUUUACCUACGGACUAAGCGGCAUCUUCUGGCUGUUCCUCAAUUGGGGUCGAUACGGUUCCAACUGGAAGAAAAUGGUCCUUACUGGUAUCAACUUGAUUAUCGUUGGGAUUGGCGCUUGUUUGUGCGGAAUGGGUCUCUGGGUCUCUGGGAAGGCGAUCCAUGAUAGUAACAAUAGCUCGAGCUUCACGUGCUCUCAUGAGUAA